AUGCGAACGAAUUUGGUAAUUUUACUCUUUACAAUAUUUGUUGCUGUUUGUCGGCCAGCAGAACCGGAAAAGCCGUGUCCUCCGUUGAAAAGAGGUCAGUUAUUUCAAAGUCAGCUACAGUUCUUUUUCCAAAAACUCUCACUCAAAUUGAAGUUAGGAAAUUUCAAAUUAUUUUCACCGAAAAAGCUGUUUCGAGACAUUUAUUGUUGCUUUUCAAAGUCUUUCAAUUUAGGUUCGUGUUGCAACGCGCCGAUUCACGUUGGCUGCCGGUUACCACGCCAGUGCUACAAAUACAUAAUUGCCAAUUGUCCUGAUAGGAAAAUUGCGGUUUAUUCUCGCAAAAUCGGGAAAGACCGCAGGUUUUCGCCUAGGAAGCAGCUGGUGAGUGUCAUUUGUUUAAUGGAGAAAAGUAAUUAACUGCUGCUAGCUGAUGUUGAAAAAUGCAGGGAAAGUGCGGAACAGCCGAAGUGAACUACCAGCCGUGCACUUCGAAAUCAAUCGCCAAUAAACUCUUUCUCUCAUGCUGCCAACUUUAUGUUCCAGACAGCUGCCAUCACAUGUGUGUGUAUGAGACCGAUCAAAUGGUUACAAGAAAUAUGGUUCGAUUUUUUGGGAGAAAAUGUUGGAAAACUUCAUUUUUAGUUGAUUAACUUAACGAAAGACGGUCAAUGCAGCAUAAAACACCUCUCCUCCAUUUUAUAUUGCGCAAGUCAAAACAGAGACAACCGCAAAUGUUGUCUUGACUUGGAUCUCAAUGCACCUCAACUCCAGGUUAAUAUUUCAACCAGAAAUCUUGAAUAACCGUUUUUUGACAGGUUGGUUCCCGUUGUCUUCGGAUGUGCGACCCUUCAGGAACCAGUAUUGAUAGAAUAACCAAAGAAGAUGUUACUUGUCUGUACAACUGGAACGUUAUCAUGUAUUGCCAUCACGCUGGAAUACGGGAAAUGUAA